ACAGGUAGGCAUCCAGGCGGGCCUUGAAUAUCUCCAGAGAAGGAGACUCCACAACCUCCCUGGGCACAGGUGGUCAUUCUCAGAAGGAAGAGGCAGUCGUGUUCAAGCUUUCCCUGACCUAAUUCCUGGUUACAAGGCAAAGCAGUUUCUUAACUGAAAGGAAAUCUGUCUCUUUGUGUUGCAUGUAGAUAAAAUUGCUGACUCCUCAUAGGAAAAAAGAUGUACAGCAUGUGCUGCAUCUGGUGAAGUUCCCUACAAGUGCUGCUCUGCUGUUGUAUCCAAGCCCUGACCCAUUCUCAGAGGUGCAUCCAAAAAGGAUCUCUUGAAUGUCCUGGCUGCCAGCAGGAUUGAAAGUGGGAGGCAACUCAUGACCACCAAAGUGUGACAGCCUCGGGUCCCCCUGCUUCUGGCUGCUUGGAAUAACCACUGGGCUACUGUGGAGAUGAAUGGAGAACAGCAGUAUGAUGCAGAUGCUGGUUCCGGCAUGGAAGAAAUGGAAUUCAAUUGGGAUGAGUAUCUAGAAGACACAGGAGCUAUCGCAGCCCCUCAUGGGUCUUUUAAACAUGUGGAUACAAGUUUGCAGAACGGUUUUGCCCCUGGUAUGAAGCUAGAAGUAGCUGUCAAGUCUGACCAGAACACCUACUGGGUAGCCACCAUCAUUACUACCUGUGGGCAGCUGCUCCUGUUGCGCUACGAUGGUUAUGGAGAAGAUCGCAAGGCUGACUUUUGGUGUGAUAUCAUGACAGCUGAUUUACACCCCAUUGGCUGGUGUGAGCAAAACAAGAAGAUUCUCAAAGUGCCUGAAGGUAUCAAGGACAAGAUACCUGACCAGGAGGAAUUCCUUCAGCGAGUGCUGAAAGGAGCAUGCAGUGCUCCUGCUAAUCUGCUGGAGGGGCUUCACAGAGGGAAAAAUCCAUUGGAUCUAAUUGCACCAGGCUCCCGACUAGAACUGCAAAACUUCCAGGAUUCCCUGGAAGCCUGGAUUGUCAAUGUGGUAGAAAAUGUUGGUGGGAGACUUAAAUUGCGAUAUGAGGGGCUGCAGGAUUCUGACAAAUUUGACCAGUGGAUAUUCUACUUGCACCCUUUCCUUCAUCAAGUAGGGUGGGCAACUCAGAAUGGAUAUAACCUGCAACCACCUUUAGCCAUUAGGUCCUUGAAAAGUGAAGCAGAUUGGCAAGAGAUUUUGAAGAAAGUGAAGGAGGAGGAAGAGGAGUCAUCAGUUCCUACAGAUCUUUUUAAGGAUAAACCUGUGAUUGGAGUACAUUCAUUCUCUGAAGGCAUGAAGUUAGAAGCUGUGGACCCGAUGGCUCCUUUUGUGAUAUCUCCUGCUACGGUUCUCAAGGUAUACAAUGAAAAAUAUUUCAUGAUAGAAAUUGAUGACUUGAGACCAGAGCGUACAACCAGCCAGUCUUAUAUUUGCCAUGUCAACAGUGCUGGAAUUUUCCCUGUGCAAUGGAGUCUGAAGAAUGGCUUGCAUCUUAGUCCUCCACCAGGUUAUCCAGGGCAGGACUUCGAUUGGGCAGACUACCUCAAACAAUGCGGUGCUGAGGCAGCUCCCCAGAGCUGCUUCCCUUCGUUAACUUCUGACCACGGAUUUAAAGAGAAUAUGAAACUUGAGGCUGUGAACCCUGUUGAUCCUGAAGAAGUUUGCAUUGCUACAGUCACCAAGUUGAAAGAUUCUUACCUCUGGCUUCAGCUGGAGGGUUCCAAGAAGCCCGUCCCUGACUGUAUAGUGAGUGUGGAAUCGAUGGAUAUAUUUCCAGUGGGUUGGUGUGAGACGAAUGGAUAUCAGCUCAGACCUCCUCGCAAAGCAAUAGUAAAUAAGCAGAAAAAGAUUGCAGUAGUUCAACCUGAGAAACAAGUUUUGUCUUCAAGGACGGUUCAUGAUGGACUAAAGAACCAGGAACUAAACUCUUCUGACUCAGUGAUAAUUAAUGGAAAGUACUGCUGCCCAAAGAUCUACUUCAACCACCGGUGCUUCUCAGGGCCUUACCUUAACAAAGGCAGGAUUGCUGAGCUUCCUCAAUCUGUGGGACCUGGGAACUGUGUUCUUGUUCUGAAAGAGGUUCUCACUUUAUUGAUCAAUGCAGCUUACAAACCCAGCCGUGUCCUGCGAGAGCUGCAGUUGGAUGAAGAGGCUGCAUGGCAUGGGCAUGGAGAGACCCUAAAAGCCAAGUACAAAGGGAAGAGCUACCGUGCAACUGUGGAAGUGGUAAGGACAGCAGAUCGGGUGGCAGACUUCUGCAGAAAAACAUGCAUCAAGCUGGAGUGUUGUCCAAACCUCUUUGGCCCUCAGAUGGUGCUGGACAAGUGUUCAGAGAACUGCUCCGUCCUGACAAAGACUAAAUACACACACUAUUAUGGAAAGCGGAAAAACAAGCGGAUAGGUAGGCCUCCGGGUGGCCACAGUAACCUGGAAGUAGCCAUGAAGAAACCAAAUAAAAGAAGGAAGAGACGAAAACAUUUUUUUGUUCAUAAGAAAAAACGUUCUUCUACUUCAGUGGAUAACACUCCAGCUGGAUCUCCCCAGGGCAGUGGGGCAGAAGAAGAAGAUGACCAGGAUGAGGUAGAUGAAGAAUCUUUGACUGAGGAUAGCACCUCAGAGCAGCAAGAUGAAUUACUUGAGGAAUCAGAGGUAUCAGAAAAGAAAUCACUGUCGUCCUCUCCUACACAGAGUGAGCUGUCUCAUUCUCUGGCUCAGGACCGAGACAAGCGGAAGAGGAAGCUUAGGACCUUUUCUUUUUCUGAUGAUGAAAAUAAGCCUCCGUCACCGAAGGACAUAAAGAUUGAAGUUGCUGAAAAGCUGCAGCUGGACAGUAACCCUCUGGAAUGGAGCGUGGCUGACGUUGUGCGGUUCCUCAAAUCCACCGACUGUGCACCACUGGCAAGAAUAUUCCUCGACCAGGAAAUCGACGGCCAGGCACUGCUGCUGCUGACCCUGCCCACCGUUCAGGAGUGCAUGGACUUGAAACUUGGGCCAGCUAUUAAACUUUGCCAUCACAUUGAGAGGGUCAAACUUGCUUUUUACCAGCAGUUUGCUAACUAAGGAGCUGCCAAAUUGAAGUGGACCUUUGAAGCACAACCACAACUCUAUGCUCCUUUCCCUCCAGCGAGGAAAGCCAAAUGAAGAUGAACUGGGGCUCUGGCAACUUAAGAGAAUCUGUCAGCCUCAGUUUUUCACUUUGAGAAAAAGAAGACAACAUCUGGAGCAAAAUGCCAAUGCAAACUCGGGCUACUCUGCCAGCUGCCAGCUUGGGAACACGAUAGUCUCUUGCUCUAUGGUUCCCUUUUUUUAAUGUAUUUUUUAAUGAUUACAGAAAAGUCUCCUCUGGUGGGAAGUGACAUUUCAAUAGUUCUGGUGGCACAGAACUUUAAAAGGAGAAACGGAUCCUGUUUACGUUCGCAUGCAGGCUGCCAGAAAUAACUUUCUCUGUUCCUGGUGAUUCACAGAAUCCCCAUCCCCUCCUGUGGAUGAACUUGCUUUACCACAGCACUGGCUUUGGAAUGUGCUCUUUGCACAUUCGUGUGUUAAUGUUGAGUUUUUAAAUGAAUUUGUUCAUUGUUAGGACAACAACAUGGCCACAGGGUUCUGAAUGUACAGUAUAGCAAGAGUGUGGUUCUUUUUUGUUUUGUUGUUUCAUUAUUGUUGGGUUUUUGUUUUGUUUUGUUUUUACUACCUCUGUAGCCUGAAGAGUAGAAGUGAUGAAUUAAAAAGGGAGGGAACUAUUUCUUCUGGACAAAACGUAGGUCACUGCACAGCAGUCUUUCUUCUGUAGGCAUGUCAUAAGUAUAAACCCGUAUCAGCAUACAGAGCUUCUGUUCCCAAGCUUUAGCUGAAACUUCUGGAGGCUUAGCUUGGGUGUUACCUAUUUCUCAGAUGUCAGAAAACUUAAUUACUUUGCACUUCUCUUACAGAUGGGCUGUAGGAAAAAAAGAAGGAAAGAGAAAGUGCCUCUGCAUUUCCUAUAUUUUGGUUUUCAGAUAAAAUUUCUUUUACUUUUUUCCCCCUUUAGAAUUCUGUGAAGUUGUUUCCUUUUUCUUAUACCAAACAAUCGGGCCAUGUACACAGAGCCCAUAGCAGCUUUUUGCUUUGCUACCUGUUCAUCUUUUUGUAGAAUACACUAAGAAAGCUGCAAUCAAUGGAGGACUGCUCUGCCAGGGUUUGCUUACUGAAAAUUAUAAGUAUGACUUUGUAUUUUUAACUACUUACAGCUGUUCAGGAUCAGACUUGAUGAAAACAGUGGGGGGGGGGAUGAAAAGGAUUUUUUGUGCUUUUUCUGGGGAAAAGGAGCAUAGGGACAUCUAGUUCCAUCAGUAGACCCCCUGCAGGAUGAACUGCUGAUUUUAAUUUUUCAGGGUAAUUAAACCCAUUCAGCCACUUGCCGUGGACCUGUGUGUCACACUUUAAGUAACAGGGCUUACUGUACUUUCCAUUAAAGAUGUGGGAAAUUUGCAUCAGACUUGAGAUCUGCUUCAAAUAUGCAUUAGGUUUCAGGUGGUUUGCAUUCAUUUGCUUUUGCCUGUUCUCAUUAGUAUUUGGAGGAGCAUGGGCUGGAGCUGUAUAAGGAAGUGUGCAGCCCUGCUCCUUUCUCUUAUUCAAUUGCAUUUUUACAGAAAGCCCCUGGCAAACAAGGUAUCUGAGGUAGGAAGGUGCUCACUACAUGAAUUUGUUUGGGGAAGUACACGUGCUGAUUUCUGAUCAGCAGUGAGUACUUGGUCACAUGGAGUGAUUCAAGCUUCUCUUCACCCUAAAAUGAUAGGAUAUUUUGAUGCUGUGAGCCGUAGGAUUCAGUGAGGAGGUCAUGUGUAAAGCAAGAGCUGAGCUUGCACAGUCUGUGUCUGUAUCCAGCACAUGGGUGUUAAGAGGAGCUACCUCCAAUAGAAACUGUUUAUAGACUAAGCAAAGCAAAAUAGUUGGUGUUGAUUUCUUUUGCUGUUAUCCCCUUAGAAUAACUGCCUUGUAGAGACAGAACUAUUUAAGGAAGUCCUAAAUUAAAAAUUGGUGUGUUGUUGGUUUUUUUUUUAGAAUCAAAAUGUCCAUAUUGAGUCUAAUACAACAGUUUACGUCUAAUAUGUCCAUUGUCUAGUUGUCAGUUGUCUAAUAUGACAGUUUACUAGCUCAGUGGUUUUGAUUGAGGGAGGGCAGGCAGUGUGUGACUAGAACAAUUUUUCUUCCCAGAUCAUAAGAGUCUGAAAACAUAGUUAAAUUGAAAUCAGAGUGCCCCUUUUUCUUCCCCACACCAUGUAUGUGGCCAAUAAAUGGUCAUUUUGUCUCUGUGUUAUGCCAAAGUCAUCCUUCUGUACUCCAUUCCUUUAGUUACAAGCUCAGUGGUAACCAUUAGGCCUGAAUUUUUUAAUUUUUUAUUUUUGAAAGAAACAUGGCUGCUUCUUUGUCAGUGUUUUGUCUUGAGAAAUUCCACCUGCAGAGAACUUCUGGACUGGAAGAUGCUUUUGGAUCACAUUUGUCAUUCUUCAGGGAUUCCAGAAUUCUUUUGCACUGUUACAGAAGCUGAUGCCCAGCAGAAUUGAUCUGCAUAACCAAGAGAUGUUAAUUCCACUUUUCCCAAUGGACAGAUAGGUGUCUUCCUGAGUAGCUGUUAGGAGAGAAUAGACCUUAAAGGGUAAUGUAGUGAAUCUGUUAACAUGGUGCCUAAGAUUUAAAUACAAAAGUCAUACUUACUUUUUUUCAGCAAACGAAGCAGUGAGCAGUUUCAGACAUUAGUGGGAUACUUACUGGUCACCUUUGGCAUAUUUUAUAGGCUAGAUAUUUCUGCCUUGUUUUGGGAGGCACUGACAGUCUGGUCCCAAUGGGAUCUGUUUUUGUUGAGAUUUUCAAAAGGGAUGUUUUCAUUAUUUGUGAAAUGUUUUUAUGCUGCACAUGGGUACUGUACACGCUGUUUCCUGGGGGGGGGGGGGGGAAGCACUCAUUGCUGGAUUUAAAAAGGGAUAAUUGGGACUUUAUCUUGAUGGAUGAUGUUUCUAUUUGUCUGUUUCAAGUUCCUCUUCUUCUAUGUGUGGCAGAUGACAACUGCACUUACAUUUGUUCAUCUUACACCAACAUAACUUGAAAUCAGCUCACAUGCUGCUUUAGUUGCUCUCUUUCUUCAGAACUGGAUUUUUGGUAGCUCAAUGCCUGAAUCUUGGCUUUAGGUGAUACCUGUGUUUCCCCAGCAGGAGUUGCUGGGACUUUGGUAAUUAACUUAGGCUUCAGGGGGUUGUGCUGUCCUCUACCAUUUCCAUUCAUCAUAAGACAUGACGAAGCUGAAGUCCAGCCUCCUGGACUUGGAAAUGUUUUCAUUACAAGAAAAUAAGCUCUCCUUCGGGCGUCAUGUACUGUUUAUGUGGGUGAUAAAAGGAGACACUGCUUAGUUUAUAUUCUUGAGAACUUACAUUCUUGUCUUAUUUUUACAUGCAUUGUGUAGUCUUGGUUUGCACAUCAUAGCUUUAGAAACCUGGUGGUGCCUCCACAUGGUGCUUGUACUGUGCUAAGCUUAGCCUUGCUGGGCAGAAAGAUUUUGCUGUGUUACUACAGUUUGCUCUCUGCAUCAACACAAGGAGCCCAUAGUAGAGAAGUAUUUGACAAAAAUGUCGCUGAAGGGUAAUGUGGUAAAUUGAUCCCCCAGGGCAUGAGCAGCAACUGAAAGUGACCUUUCCAGGAGAGGAGAGGUACAGCACUGAUCUUGGUGAAUGAAGACUACUUUUUUUUUUUUUUUCUCUAAUGCUAAACCCUUGUGAAAGUUCCUCUCUGAGGAAAGAACGAAAAGGCAAAUUUGUUUACAUGUUGUGUAGAACACCAGGGGUGUUUGCAGUCUCUCCUGGGAUUAAGGGAAACAGUACAGAGUUUGCAGUGGUGGUUAGGAUUAUUUUCCCUUUGACUUUCAGCACUAUUUCGCUGUUGCUUUAGGCUUUGCUAGGGUUUAUUCUUGAUUCAAGUGAUGCUUUAAGUAAGGGAAGAAGUAUUUAGCUGCUAGGUCCACAGAAGUAUAAAUAUAUUUACAGCUGAUUGGACCGAGCACUCCAAUCUUCUGCAUAAAGUACAAAGACGUGGCAAAAGAAAAAGAGAUUUUUGAAUGUAAUUGAAUAGGCUUCAUAACUGUUGAACUAAAAUUGGAGACUGGAUACCUUUGGAACAAAUCUAUUGCUGGGGGAGAAGCUCUUUGAUUGAAGUAGCCCUACCCAAGAGCCAAAAAUAUGAUAGACAGUAAGCUACUCCUUAACCGGUCCUGUUGCAGUGGCAGACUGGUUACUGCCUACUGUGAGCUCAAAUUGCUACAACUAAGCACAAAGACAUAGGCUCUGUCAGGAGACUUCAAGUGUUGGCUGAAGGCUCCAUUUUAAAGGGAUUGUGUGCUGAAUCCAAAUUUUAGAGUGCUGCCAAACUUCCCCAAAUGUGCACAUAGCCUUGUUUUCAAAGGCAGCCUUACGGGUGAAGGAUUAGAAGGGGACUUGGGAACACCAGGUACAGCAAGCCUCUCUAUUGUUACAUGUUUUUCUAAAAUGGUAAUAAUAAUAUGUAUGAAAUCUAGCGAAAACAACUUACGGCUGGUGCCACUUUGUCUCCAUGGUCUGGUCAUUUCUAGCUUUCUCAUAGUUGCAUCUGUUGUCCUGAAGCGCACCAGGCAAUAAGGAUGGACAUUUUGAUGAGAAGACAAAGUUCCUAUGUUAAAUGCAAAGCCAGCAGUGGUUGGCUCAGCUUUAAGCCAUGGAAGCGAGCAGGUCUUGCACUGACAAAAUUCAGAGGCGGUAGGUCUGGCUGACUCAGCACAACCAUGGGCAUGGAGCCUGUGGAAGUCCUCCAACGUUGUGCCAUUCAAGAGGAACAGACCUUCUGCUCGAGUCACAGGCAUGGCUCACUCAAGUCAACGAACAACAAAGUCCGGGCAAAAAUGAGUUCUUGCCCACCCCAAAAGUUGUUGAGCACCAGUUUCCAAGAAACCUCAUGGGAAAAAAAAAUAUUUUUUUCUGGAGGUGUCAUGUUUCUGCUCUACUCUUCUUUUUUUAUUAUUUUUUAAUUUUUUUAUUGUUAUUUUUUGUUCAAAAUAAAUUAAAAAAUAAUCUUUGUAGACAAUCAGAGGCCUUCUAGGAGGCUCUGCCCUAAGGGGUACCUGCUCUCCACACGUGGGCCUCUUUCUUAUACUAACUCAUUGGAACUGAUGCACUUUUCCUGUAUUUUGCCUUUUUUAAUUAGCUGCUUGUUCUUAAACAAAGAUUUAAAUGCAUAUUGUGUUGUGUCCCUUCUGCUUGUUGUUUUAUCUUUCUUUAACUUUUAAAUAUAUAUAUAUAUAUAUGCAGUGAGACUGAAGUACUAAAUGGAAGAGAAACAUGCACAAGAAAAUAUGCCUAUUAAGUCCCACCAUUGUUUGAGCAGGUGUAACAAUUUAAUCAGAGGAUUUUUUAAAAAAUAUUUUGGAUGGAUAUUUUGCUUGUUUUGUCUGUAAAUAGUGUACAUAAGUUUGUGGUAUAUGACAGUUUUAAGUGGUUGUAACAAAAUUAAAAAAGAUACUUAAACUGUU